GUGCCUCAGACCGGGGCCGCUGGAUCACAUGAUGGAUGUACGCUGGUUAGCAUAGCGAGCUAACGCGCUAGCGUCGGUUGUCAGAGCCGCUGUCAUCGCGAACCGCGGCCGGAGACGGAGCCGCCCUCACCGGAUCAGCAACUGCGUGAAAACUCCGGGCAUAGUGGAAAGAGAGUUGUCUUCUUUUCUACCCUCACUCUCUUCAAGAUAUCAAGUCGUUAAACUUCAGCCCAUUGAGUCACAGAGUGGUUUUGGCAUCGAGCCUCGUCACGCAAGUGAGUCAGUCGUCUGUCAGCGCGGGGACAUUGACAGACUGAGGUUGUGGACUCGCGUGGGGAAGAUGCAUCGACGGUAAAUAAGACAUCGACUUCAGAGGUGCACGUUGAUUUCGUAAUGACAAGCUGUUGUGCAGAAGAUGUCCACGCUGUCUGUGACUGAUAUCCCAGAUGUUGGUCAUGUGUCUCCUCCGUCAGAUGAGACUAAGGUGUUUGAAGGGGCCUCUGAGCUGCAGCUGGACUGCAUGGUUGAGGAGAGCAGCAGAGGCACCACAGUGAAGCCCGGCGGCCUGCUGUCGCUCGCUGACCUCUCCCAGCCUGAUGACUUCCAUGCCCCCCCUCGCAACGGCCCUUCUCUGACCGAGAUGAGCAGCCCCCUGCCGGUCGAGACGAGCGACAUCAAGCUGGAUCCAGCUGCAGGGGACACGUCCGGCAGCAGCAUCGAUGGUCAGCCGGUGAAGAGAAAGAAGGGUCCUGCUCCGAAGAUGUUGGGCAAUGAGGUGUGCAGUGUCUGCGGUGACAAGGCCUCGGGGUUCCAUUACAAUGUGUUGAGCUGUGAAGGCUGCAAGGGCUUCUUCCGACGCAGCGUCAUCAAAAGUGCCCAGUACUCCUGCAAGAACAAUGGGCGCUGUGAAAUGGACAUGUACAUGCGCCGCAAGUGCCAGCAGUGUCGCCUGCGCAAGUGUCGGGAGGCGGGCAUGUUGGAGCAGUGUGUCCUCUCCGAGGAGCAAAUCAGACUCAAGAAGAUGAAGAAGCAGCACGACGACGAGACGGCCCGCACGUCCACCGUGGUCACGCCCACACCUCCGCAGGAAGCGGCCUCGCUGGAUCCCCAGCAGCUGGAGAUGAUCGAGAAGCUGGUGACCAUGCAGAAGCAAUGCAACAAGAGAUCUUUCCUCGAACGACCAAAAGUCACACCGUGGCCACAGAGUCAGGACUUGCAGAACCGAGAGGUGCGACAGCAGCGGUUCGCCCACUUCACCGAGCUCGCCAUCAUGUCAGUCCAGGAGAUUGUGGAUUUUGCGAAGCAGCUUCCUGGUUUCCUGGAGCUCACGAGGGAGGAUCAGAUCGCUCUGCUGAAGACGUCCACCAUUGAGAUCAUGCUGCUGGAGACAUCGCGGCGGUACAACCCUGCUAUUGACAGCAUCACGUUUCUGAAGGAUUUCAGUUAUAAUAAGGAGGAUUUCGCUAAAGCAGGGCUUCAGUUUGAGUUCAUCAACCCCAUCUUUGAGUUUUCAAAAGGAAUGAAUGACCUGCACUUGGACGAGGCCGAAUACGCUCUGCUCAUUGCUAUCAACAUCUUCUCUGCAGAUCGACCAAAUGUGCAGGAUCAUGAUUUGGUGGAGCGGCUGCAGCAGCCCUACGUGGACGCACUGCGCUCUUACAUCAUGAUAAAGAGACCACAUGAUCACUUGAUGUUCCCCCGCAUGCUGAUGAAGCUGGUGAGCCUUCGUACGCUAAGCAGCGUCCACUCGGAGCAGGUCUUUGCCCUUCGCCUCCAGGACAAGAAGCUUCCCCCGCUGCUCUCUGAAAUCUGGGACGUCAACGAGUGACCGCGAACCUGGUGUCACACUCCUGUGGCUUUUAAAGUCCGAGACAGACGCAGCGUCCAGCAGGGACACGGACCUUUUACCGCACGGGCCGGUCGAAGGCAUCGCUGCCUCUCAGACAGACUUCUGAACAGUUUUGUGUUCAUGAGAAGAAACACUUAGUUUUCUUUUGAGCCUUUUGUUGUUCUUCCUCUUGUGUAGAUGCUGACAUGAUUGUGGCAAUAUUAAAUACCAGCAUCAGGCUCUGAAGCCAUUUAUCUCUGAUUUAAUAUUUGUCGAAAGUUGUGUUCGACCUGUAGUGCAGUGCUGUACUCGUCCUCUAACAGCGGUCAGAAGGUUUAGAACAGGUUUGAGCUGGUUUCCGUGUUACAGCUGAAUCUUUGGUCUCACAACCGGGAUCUGCAGUUGAGCAGUCGGUGGAAACGGACACAGAGUUGAGCUCCGGCAGAUUCAUAUCUGAUAUUCACGUUAUUGAUGUUAGAGGGAAACAGAAGGUCAUCUGGACGGUGUCGUGCAACGUGGUAUGGCAACAAAUCGUUUUUUUUUUAUGAUGUCUGUUCAGAAAUCAAAUGUUUGGUGUAGUCGCUCAGGUAAAGUAAUGUGAAGUACACCUCUGGGAAUCUGGGGGGGGGGGGCUUUUUAAUUUCUAUGAGAGGAUUAAAGUUUUCUUCCAAGUGCAUAAGGGACCCUUUAGGUCAUUUAUAGAUGCCCAUAAACUUUAAUGUAAAUUGUAUAUUUAUUUUCACAGGACAGAAAUGUUGUGGAAUGAUUCCACGAGUUUGUACAAUCACAAGCGCAACGCAAAGGAAACUGCGGGGGGGGGGGCAGACGGGCCACGCCCACAUUGACAGUGAAGUCUCUCAAAAUGUUCUGCGCUCUGGUUCCAUGAAAUAAGACGAGUGUCUUCAAAUUCCACGUAAAGAUGAACAGUUGGUCAAAAAAAAAAAAGGAAGUGAUUCUUCUCCCUACAUUCACAAAGUUUAUGUUCAUGAAUCAAAGUAGAAAAGGUAUUUUUAUUAACACCUGAUUCAUCAUGUGAGAUGUUCCUUUAAUCCAUUUCAUAAUUAAACAGUACAAUCAUUUCCAUAUUUUGAUUGAGGCUAAUCAUCAUGAGUGAGAAUUUCUAAGCAGCACAGUUUUAACAGGAUACAUAUAAUUCUACUACCUUUUAAUUUUGAUAACAUAUUAACGAUGCUGAUUCAAAAACAUCUAUGUCUGAAUGUUCAUUAGGAAAAAAUAAAGGUCUACAGUCGUCUGAGUAUCCUCCUUGAACAUUUACUCAACGCAAACAGCUUUAACUGGUCAGGUUUAAAAGAAAAUCUAUAUUGGCGCGGAGCAGAGGACAUCAGGAAAUGAGUAGAAUCAUUAGAGUUUGAGUUCUAAUAAAUGUAACUGCAGAGAUCUAGAUGUUUAUAUUUCAUUCUGUGAUUUUCAUGCAUUUCUCCUGUUCAGUGCAAACUUGAAAGGCUGCGUAACAGUCGAUGAAGGAAUGUCGAUGUAAAUACAUGUGAUGUUUUUUCUGGCUUAAAAAAAAAAAAAACAACCAAAUCUUGACGAAGUGCUGCUGCAGCGUGUUGACGUCAUUUCAUCAGCUGCCCGUGUGCAGCUAUUCACAAGUAUCAACAUUAGACUUUUCACAACCGCAGACGUCAACAUUGUGUUUGCUCUGUCAAACGUUUGUGACCAUUCAUAUGGUACCAGUCAAAAACCAGACCCUUUGUAUCAUUGUUGAGCUUUUCAAUCAUUUUCAGCUUCAGUUUCUUUUGGCUUUUGUUAAAUAAAUUUGAUUUUAACAGCUAAACUCGGACAAUGAUUCUUCACACGCAGAUAAAACAGGACCGUCACAGGUCCAUCAUGCAGGACGAGGUUUAGUCUGAUCUGAAUUGGUCUCGUGAAGCACCCGGUGAUGGAUGAAAUGAAUUGAGGACUUGUCCUGUUUGUUGUCGUUUAUUAUUUGAACUUUAAGCACCAGCAUGUCUGUUUGCAUCAUGAUUGUUCCCUAAAUGAUCAAAUCAUUCUCUAAAUCGUCCCGAGCAGAUAUUUUUUGCACACCGCAGUGGUAGAAGCACGUGUGUUGCUGAUAACAGUAACGAUGACAUUCACCUUUCUACUGAAGAGAUCACCACAGAACUCACACCUCUCAUCAUGGAGAAAGCAUAUCUGUGUGUUAACUGCCAUUCAGUCUAACUAUGAUCUAUAUAAUUGAUUUUUCCCAACACCAAGAUUGUUAAUGGGGG